CACCAGAUGAGACGCAAUAUCUGAAGACUUCCGUCUGACUCAUGUUGUAUAAAUAGACCAACCAAAAAUAGCCCAAUGGGCAAGAAAGCGUCCCGUGUAAACGCCCACUAAAUUAAUCCAACACCGUGCAACUAUUAGCCUAUCUCCAGGAUGUUGUGUGCUGCUCUUUUGUUGGUUGUGAGCUCAGGCAGCGCAGAGCGCAUUUAUCUCCUCUCAACGACACGGAACCGCGCCCAACCCUGAAGCUGCUACAGCAUUACGUCAGUCACUGGCCGCGGUGCGUGCAGCAGCGCACGCAGCCCUUGAACCAUGGCAGCCCAGAAACAUCACUACCCACAAAGCUACCGAUUGUGCGCAUGCGCGCUCCGAGCGGCAAAACUACAAUCGCGUGAGCUCCGAUUGGACACGGACAAAAGAACUACAGCUCCCAAUAGACAUGCGCAAAAAGUCCCUCUUAAAGCCUUUUAAAUUUACGUGCAAAAUGGCUGCACAGGUCGAUCUACUGCGCGUCAAAGUAGAGGAGAAGAGCAGGGACAGCUUUGACAAAGCCACCAAAGAGAAGAAAAAGAAGAAAAAACGGGAAUGUUCGCCGUCCGAUGACAAGCGCGAGAGAGCGGAGAAGGAAGCGAAGAAAAUAAAGCUACAUCACCACCAACACCAUCAACAACAUGCCCAACAACGAGCGCAUCCACCGCACCAACAACAGAACAGCCAAGCGCGCAACUUCAGCAAAGAGCAGGCACCUGUGCAACACCGCCAUCACAACAAUCAUCACAAUCACAGCGCCAAGAAAGAAUUACCUCCCGGAUGGCCGCCGCGCAAAGUGACACCAGCAGCGGCUCACGUCCCGCAGAAAACGGUCCUGCCGCCUUCCCCGCUCUUCACUUUCACACCGCUCAAAGUAGCGAAGGCCGAGACCCCCAAUAACAAGCCCAAACACAUCGAGAAGGACGCCAAACUCAAGCCCAAGAAGGAAAACGCCGAGGCGAAUGUUAAAGUGGGGGAAUGUAAGAAGAAGAAAGAGCCCCAUAAUGAGAAUGGCAAAACCCAGACCCUGGAAGAAUACCUCCUAAAGAAAAAGAAAAAGAAGAAGCGGCAUCGUGAAGAUGAGCGUGGCAAGAAGUUGCGCGUGCACAACAAAGAGGUCCAGACGCUGUCUACAGGAUUGACAGCAGAUGCUCUGCCAUCUUCUGAAGACCCUGUGUUGCAUGCGUAUAUCAAAGAUGAAAAGCAGUGUCUGAGCUUAGGUGAGUACCACACUGCCAAAGCUGAGAAGAAGCCGUUCCUCUCGCACCGAGACCACUACAUCCGCAGCUCGUGGCUUCAGACCAACACCUCCUUCAGCAAACUGAUCCAUGAGGAAAAGCAGCCCAAUGGAGGGGCGUCUGUACUACACGCUUACGCAGAUGAACUGUCUUUACUGCGACCAGAGGACACCGAAAGCUUCGCCCAGGAGUUUCUGGAUCUCGCCUUUGCUGAACACCCUAAAGGAGCCGCACGUUAUGCUCUCGCUGUGGUGCACGGAGCGGCUGCCUACCUGCCCGAUUUCUUGGACUACUUUGCCUUCAAUUUCCCAAAUACACCUGUCAAGAUGGAAAUCCUUGGUAAAAAGGACAUUGAGACCACCACGAUUGCCAACUUCCACUCCCAGGUGAGCCGAACGUAUUGCUCUGGGACAUAUAGAGCUGGUCCCAUGAGGCAAAUCAGUCUGGUCGGUGCAGUAGAUGAGGAGGUGGGCGAUUACUUCCCGGAGUUCUUGGACAUGCUUGAGGAGUCUCCGUUUCUGAAGAUGACUUUGCCAUGGGGCAGCCUGUCUAGCCUAAAGCUUGACUGCAGGUCUCAGAGUGACGAUGGUCCCAUUAUGUGGGUGAGACCAGGAGAGCAGAUGGUCCCCACAGCCGAUAUGCCCAAAUCUCCAUUCAAGAGACGAAGAUCAAUGAAUGAGAUCAAGAACUUGCAUUACCUCCCGAGAGCCAGUGAACCACGUGAGGUGCUCUUCGAGGAUCGGACGCGAGCCCACGCUGAUCACGUUGGCCAGAGUUUCGACUGGCAGAGUACAGCAGCUGUGGGUGUCCUGAAAGCAGUGCAGUUUGGGGAAUGGAGUGACCGGCCACGGAUAACCAAAGAUGUAAUCUGUUUUCACGCUGAGGACUUCAAUGACGUCGUUCAAAGGCUUCAACUAGACUUGUAUGAGCCACCUGUGUCCCAGUGUGUCCAGUGGGUGGACGAAGCCAAACUCAACCAGUUACGGCGAGAAGGCAUCCGCUACGUUCGCGUGCAGCUCUGUGACGACGACAUCUACUUCAUCCCUCGCAACGUGAUCCACCAGUUCAAAACCGUCUCGGCCGUGUGCAGCCUCGCCUGGCACAUUCGUCUAAAGCAGUACUACUCCGAGGAAGUGAAGGAGGAGGAAUCGAAGGACGUUAAGACCAAGGACCUGUGCUCCACAUCAUGUCCUCCCCCCUCUUCAUCCCCUGUUCACCCGGACACCAAAGUCACCUCUUGCGCCUCUUGGCAACAAGCGGACACGGCACAAGGUGGAGUGGCCAAAACGGACGAACUGGUUUUCCAGAGGCCUGCAACGCCACCCAGAGAGCCGCAGCCUGCGCCUCCGCAGCCGGCUAAAUCCGCCCACACUGUUUCCGCCGGACCUGUCCCAGCACCCUGCCCUCUGUCCUCGCCCACACCAGAGCAAAUGCUUCCACAGGCUCCCGCCGAGCCUGCAUCAGACUCCUCACUCAACGGCAGCAGGUCCACGGAUUUCCCCAAAUAACUUCCAAAUCCUUUCUUUUGCAGAGGGAUGGGGUUUUAUUUCGCCUAACAGACUUGACUGACAUUCCACAGUGUAAAAAAAAAAGAAAAAAAAAAGGAAUAUCUGGACUUUGCCUAAAAAUGAAGACUAUAUUUUUCUUUUUUAGAUUUUGGUUAAGGAAAUGACCCCGUGAGUACUUUUUAGGUUUUUCUCAGCCAAAGUAUUUAAUUUGAAAUAUAUUUUUGCUGAUUACUCAGUAUUGUUUUAUAUUUGUUUAUAUAUUAUUAUUAUUAUUAUAAAUGAGACUAACUAUCUCUCAAGAGGGACUUUUCAUGUUGUUUCCCUGGCCGUCAUUUGCAUCAUGUUGAUCUGCUAAUUGGUUUCUACAGACAAAAACAAGGAAAAAAGUGCCUGUCACAAGUGGAGAGCAGCAAUCACAUCUUAAAAGAGAACAAUAGUCUUAUUUUUUUCCCAUGGUGUAAUGUCACUGAAAUAUUUGAUGUAUUUAAGCUAGACUAGCGAGUAGGUAUCGAUUUAACGUGGGAGAUAUUUGCUUUUUCUUUGAUCUUUCUCUGGUUCGCUUGAAGGAAAAUGAAUUAUUUUUUGAACGACUAAUAGCAGUAAUUAUCAAAGAGGAGCUUGUGCAUUACCUCUCAUGUAUGCAGGAAAUAGGAUCCGGCCUCCACAAGAGGGUUGUUCAUUUGUUUGUUCAUUUUAAUUAUUUAUUUUUGUCCAGAAUAGUCCGUCUUUUAAGGUCAUGGUCAUGAAUUCAUUUGUCAUGUUUGUUUUCUGUCUGUAUUGUGUGCAGAAGCUGUUGUGCUUUGUUUUUAUUUUUGACUAGGAAGGCAUAUUCCAUCAAGUCCGGAUGGAAAUGUAAAUAACCAAACCUACACUCAGGGGCAACAUUCUGAUGCCUUUUCAUUUGGUCAAGUCUCCUUCUACUUUACUUUAAAGUUUUAUAGCAGUCUAAUCCAUACGUUCAGAUUUUUGGGUUUUGAUUGAAUCUAUAAUUCUGACAUGUUCGUAUGAGCUUCAUGUAAAGGAAAUGGUCUCUUGAUUCAGAUGGAUCAUCUAAACAAGCUUCCAUUCAGAUUUUACACAAUUCUGCUCAUACUAUCAGAGUAGUUUUAGAUUCACAACGGAAAGAUCUUUUUAAAUCAUACUUUGAUUUUCUUUGUUUUUGUGUCAUUGUCACCACUUUUUUUUUUUUAAAUGUCCCAAAUGACUAAUCUUGUUGCUUUGGUCAAUUUAAGCAUUUGUUGAUUUUUUUUAUUUUUAUUUUUUUUUUCUGACAAUCAGUCAGUGCAAAUAUUAAUUAACUCAGUAAUAUACAUUAACAAGGCAUGAAUAAACUCCUGUUUUUCGUGUACAAGAAAACUGUUAUUAUAUGUUGCUCUUCCCAUAAUCUGCUACCCAAAUUUUUCUCCUUCAAAAAAGCAUUUGAUAUUAUUUAUGAGUAUAGUAGCAGAAGGCACAUGUCCAGUGCUAUUGCACAACACUUGUUUCCUGUGUUUGAACUGAAGUUUCCAUAGUAAUUUAUGAUGAGCAUUCUAGGGUGACUUUCCAAGAUAGUUGGAUGACUGCAAUUUAGCUUUCACUUGAGUGUAGUUGCGUGUCAGUAAUAUUUUUACACAUGUUGACGUGUUUCUUUUGAAUGGGAUUAAGUCUUAAAGCAGGCAUUUAGUGUUUUUGAAAGGUUUAUAGGCAGUAGUUGUGCUUCUCUGUUGAUGCCAAGUAUUGCUAAUGACUGAUUUGAAUGUAAUUUCACACCAGCAAGCCAAUCAGUCUACAUUGAUUAUGGUUUCAACAAAAUGAUCUAAUGGCUUUCCCUAAUCAAAUGCAUCCUCUAUAAAUGAGUGCCUUUUAUUGAGUCUUUAAUUGUCUGCUAUUAAGCUAAUUGAUGUUAUUCAAGUUGUGCAAAGCAUUAAUUGUGAUGGAAUUUCAUAAAGUCUGGCAAUAAGUAAAGACUGGGUAUGUAUUAUCAUAAAAAAAAAAUCAUGCUUACUCUGUGAUACAAAUUCUACUUAUCCAAAAGCAACUAAAGGUGACAGUUUUAUUGGCCACCAAAGCCAACAAAAUAAAGAAACAACCUAUAGAGAAUUCAAAAUGGUGCAAUAUGAAUCAAGUCUGCUUCCUAUAUUUCCCAGUGUUUUUAAAUUAGGGUUAGGAUUAUAUAGGCAGGUAUGAAAGCCUUAACAAAAAAAAAUUCCCUAUACUAUUCAAUGGCAUUUCCUCAGUUACAGGUGCUGCAGAUUUAACAGUUUUGCCUAAUUUAAAAAAAAAAAAAAAGAAAGAAAAAAGAUCAUUUCAUUCUUUCACCCAGAAUACUUAAAGUUCUUUUAAGAUGUCUUCAUUGGUGUCCUUAACACCAAUCCAUUAAGAUGAAUCUUCCCAUAUAUACAGUUUCAGACAUGUUUCCCGCCCAGCAUCACACGAUUAUGCUUUUAUACCUUACAGUUUCAUGUUAUAUUGAAAUAAACAUGAUGUUUAGUGUUCUAUGUUUCUUCUGAAUUUUGGCAGCUAGUUUUCUUUUUUUCUGUGUUGAUCAGGUUUCGAUGGUCGUUUGUAAUAUAGGACAAAUCCACUUAGGGAUCAAGGCAUGCUCUGUGUGUUCGAUUCAUUAUUUGCUCUGUUUGAUAUUUGUAUAAAGUUUUUCGAUUUCAUUGAUUUUUAAGGACUAAUUAGAUAGUCAAUUAUGAACAUAGUCAAAGUAAUGUUUUGUAAAUGCUAAGUUACGUUUAAUAGAACUGUCAUGUGGAUCUUUUCAAUUGUGUAAAAAUGCAAUGGAAUGCAUAGACUUUUUUCUGUAUUUUUUUAAAUAAACAAUUUUAUGAGUGUACCAAGCGUUUCACUGCAUCAGAAAUUGAAAAUAUACAAAUAAGAAAAGGCAGAGUUAAAUACUGUCACAAAACAAACUUGACAAUAGAUAUUCUGUCAUUUUACAUCCCUUUCAGAUAGACAUGGCACCAAAUGCACUGUUACUAAGUCCCAACGUUAUGUGACAGAAAAGCUUGAUUGGCCAUGGUUACCUGCAGCGCUAUAUAUUAUAAAAUACAUUAAAAUGUUACCUAUGAGAUUACAGAAGUGUCUACUUUUCAGUACAUUCAUCCCCUUUAUUAUCUUGUCUUUAAUUACACAUCUGUAAUCAUUUAUAUACAUUUUAGCUGCAUAAAGUUGCAACACGUUUCAAUAUUUAAAGUCUAAAAAGGCAGUUCAUUUGCAUUAUACCUUUACACACAGUAAAAGUCAUUGACAAAAGCACAAUCUUUAUAUAUGUCCAUCUAUUGAGUGAGGUCUGUUGUUGUGCUUCUCUCCUUCAAGAACCACAGCGAAAGAAAACUUUGCUCUUUUGAACUGUCCUGUGAGGCCGUUUUCCUUUUCUUUCACCUUCAGCAUGAACUAGACCCAUGUUCCUGGCUUAUUUCGUGGGCCUUUUGGCUUUCCAAAACGAGAUCCAAAAG